AUGGCUGAGACAGCCUUUCGGCUGCUGGAGGGAGGAGAUGACUGGCGAAAAAGCCUUCCAGAGCGGCCUGUCUCUGAAAAUAUGAUGAGGUGGCAGAAAUUCUACCAUGAUCCAUGUGGAUCGCUGUGUUGUUUCUCUCCAGAUUGUGCAUGUAUUAGAUGUUCCAACUGCAGGGCAUCCUUGACUACGAUUCCACCCAAGCGUCGCUUUCAGUGCAUGGAAUGUGAGGUGCUGCCGCCAGAGAGCAGCUUUGACAGUAGACCAGAAUAUUGUGAGCUCUGCUUCUCCCUUCCAGACGUGCUGCAUUGGCAUAAACAUUUUCUGCUGGUUGAUGAAAGUGGUGUACACCAAGCAGUGGAGCGACUUGCGGGACUUGCUGAGAUGCAUUCCAUCAAUACCGAUGACUUUCCACUAAAGGAUGGGCUGGGCGAACAUGAGACCUGUGGAAUUUGUUGCAUCGAAUUUUCUGCGGAUGACCCAGCAACUUGCAACGUUGGAUGUACCAUUGGCCAUGGCGAAGGAGCUGCCGAUGGACAGCAUGGUGUUGUGGACUCCGGAAUGUUUUAUCAUGCAGAAUGCAGAAUGAACUGGAUCAAGGCGCAGAAAACCGACACCUACUGUGGCCAGCUUCCCUUGACCUGCAAAGUUUGUUUCUUUGUAGCGGACUGCAAAGCGUGGCAGAGCGAUUUCCAACGUGGAGUGGCCGCAAUAGCAGAGUUCUACAAAGAAGAUUCUGGUACUCCAGUGGAGUGGGAAGAAUUGCUACUGGGCGAUGCAAUGGACAUAUUUUGGUCCCUGUUCUUUCGUACAGAUGGGUUCCUCAAAGCCCAGUUCCAAAUAGUUCUCACUGUGAGUGACACUGGCAGAGCAUCUGACUUGCAGACUGCAUUCAGAGGAGCCCUGCAGCGUACCCGCGAGAAAUCAAACGCCUUAGUUCUGGUAGGACGUACGCAUGAGGAGAUCUUUGAGCGAAUCCUAGCUCUUCUGAAGGAGGUCCGUGAGCCACAAUCUUCUGCAUCCAAGGAGUCGGAGGACGAUGAGAUCGACAACGUGUGGCUUGAAACUUCGAGGUCUUCGAAGCAAUACCGGAAGGAAUAUGCACGACUUUUUCAAGAAGCCUGGCUAAAGCUGCUUGGGCUGCGUGUGCCAUUGGCUCAUUGCACCUCCUUGCUUCAGCUUUUACCUACCAAAGUCAUUCCGCACAUGGGUCGGCCUCUGAUGGUUGCAGAUUUCUACCUCAGAGCCUUCCAUGCAGGAUCCUUGGAACUCUCGGUGUUGGCGCUGAGUGGCCUCCUAUUGUUGCUCACGCGCUAUGGCCUUGGUGAUCCGGAGACUCUGUCUUCAUCAUGUGGAGAGUUCUACUCACAGCUCUACAGCCUUCUGCGGCCAGCAACCUUCCGACUGAAUCGCCGCGCACGUUUUCAGAGGUUGGCAGCCGCAGCCCUUACCAGUGCGUUGUUGCCUGCUCGAUUUGCCGCAGCAUUUGCGAAGAAAUGCUUGCGGGUUGCCAUCCUUUGUAGCGAGCCUGGCACCAUCAUGUGGCUCUUGGCAGUGGCCUAUGGACUCAUUCAAAGGAAUCACAGCCGAUGCAGUGUCUUGCUGCACAGACCAGGUGAAGAAGGCAAGGGGACGGCUUUUGGUUUCUCGACAGAGAAAGAGAAGUCCUGGAAAUUUGACUUGUGCAUUCGAUAG